AGGAGUAGAGAGGGAGAGAGAGAGGGGUAUAGAGGGAGGGCUGAGCUGCUCCUCGCGGAUUAACCUGCGUUGAAGGAAUAUUAUUAUUGUUAUUAUUAUUUACGUUGGAGUCUGUGAGUGUAACGUGCACUAUGACGACUACUGUGGCUAAAAGGCCAAGCUCGGAGCAGAGGAAGGUACGUCUGCGUGAUGCAGCUCGCUGUAGGCGGAGUCAGGAGACAGAGGUUUUCUACGAACUCGCCCACUCGUUGCCCCUGUCACGCCGCAUCACCUCCCACCUAGACAAAGCUGGGAUCAUGAGGGUGACCCUUAGCUACCUGCGUAUGCGCCACCUUCUCCACUCCCCUUGGACCAAGGUACCAGAUACCUCGGAGGAGGAAGAGGAACCCACUGAUGCUUUCUACCAACAGGCGCUCGCUGGAUUUAUCCUGGUGUUGAAUGAAGAGGGAGACAUGGUCUUCCUUUCUGAAAAUGUCAACAAGUUCAUUGGGAUCACACAGCUGGAGCUGCUUGGCCAGUGUGUGUAUGAUUAUGUCCAUCCAUGUGAUCAAGAGGAGCUGAGAGACCUUCUUACUACCAAACCCGGACUCUUUAAGAAAAGGUCUGAAAGUUGUACAGAGUGCAACUUCUUCCUGAGACUGAAAAGCACACUUACAAGCCGUGGCAAAACAGUGAACAUCAAAUCAGCCACCUGGAAGGUGAUUCACUGCACAGGCUACAUGAAGACGCUCAACCAGGAAGGGGAAGCAUCAUCCCUGGGAGAAAGCUACAUGACCCUGUUGUGUGAGCCUAUCCCCCACCCGAGCUGCGUGGAGUUCCCUCUGGACAGCAGCACCUUUCUCACACGCCACACCAUGGACCUGCAUUUCAGUCAGUGUGACGGCCGGGUGACGGAGCUUGUUGGGUACCAUCCCAAUGAUCUGAUUGGCCGAUCUGCCUAUGAUUUUUUCCAUGCACUUGAUUUUGAUCAUCUGACAAGAAGCUUGCAUGUCUUGCUCUCCAAAGGUCAGGUAUGCACUAGCCGUUACCGAUUUCUGGCUAAGAACGGGGGAUUCGUUUGGACUGAGACCCAGGCCACAGUGCUCUAUAACAGCAAGACUUCCCAGCCUGAAGCUGUGGUGUGCCUCAACUUCAUCCUCAGUGCGGUGGAGGAGGCAGACGUCGUGUUUUCCAUCGAGCAGACACGCAGUGACUUGAUGCAGGACAAACUGAGUGUGAUUGAGGUGGAGGACUCGGAUGAUGAGAUGAGUAGCAGCAGCAGUAGCAGUGAACUUUACCAUAGUUUGAAGGACGAUCCAGAGGAUCUGCUGCAGCUGGCACCGGCCCCUGGAGAUACCAUCAUACCACUGACAGGGCAUACAGAGUUGUUCUUUGUCCCACCAUCCAGCCCCAACUCGGUGCCCAAAUGUCCAAAGGAGCUGUGUACUCCCAAACUCCGCCAGCUCCUCUCACCCAUAUUCGACAGCUCUUGCCCCACUUCCCCUGAUCAUAGUUCAGGAGAUGAGUUUCCCAUGGACACUGGUGAGGUGGAGAAGUUCUUUGCCGACAAGCCAGAGGAGACUCAGAAAAAAAAAAUGGAGGAUAUGGAUGACAUAGAUUUAGAUAUGUUGGCACCGUAUAUCUCCAUGGAUGAAGACUUCCAGCUGACCUUCUUGCCGCAAUUGCCUGAGGCAGACACACAGACUCCUGAGGCACAAAUCACAGCUUCUAAGAAAAGAGCUCUGGACGAGGAGGACGACAUGCCAUCUCUAACAUCCAACUGGGAGAAGAGACGGAAGAACUGCCCCAUAGAGGAUGAGUUUCUGCUUUCACGGUCCUCACUGAUGGACCUGCAGGUUGCUGGUGGUUUAGAGGAGCUGGACCCUGACCGCUGGAAACCGAGUCAGCUCCUGACCGACAGAGACCCUGUCCUGGGAGCAACACAAGCACUGUGCGAUACAGCAGCUUUAAUGAGGAAUUCUUUCUCAUCACAACCACCGGAUUUAAUGGCUUAAUUAACUGGGACUAUAUUGCCACUCGCCUGAGGAGAGAAGUGUAAUGUAAAUCCUAAAGCUACAACCAAGGAGCAUAAUUAUCUUUUUACACAUUAUAUUACACAUAACUCAGUUCAGGAAAUUCUAAUGAUGCAUCAUCUGUGAAUUAAAACCACUUAAGAAAGAACAGAUUCUUAAAGGUUUCUUGUGCCAUUCUCUCAAGACUGAGUGUACCUGGGUUGUGAGAACUAAUCUCGCUUUACUAUGGUUUAACUAACCAUCCUUUGAGCAGAAUCGGUCACUGGUUUUGAAAUCAGUCACACCACACUUGCUUCACAAGUGUGCACCUCAGACUCGAGCAGAGCUGGCUGAUGCUGUGAAACCAACUAUUGUCCAGACCCUAACACAUACAAAAACAGACAGAACUCUAUCCGAUGAGUAAAAGUUUGCAAAAUGUGCUAUCUCAAACCUGGACAACCAGUUAAUUCAGGUUUUUAUUAUUACAUUUUUCUGCUGCAUAAAUAAACAUGAUUAAACAUCAGUUUAGUGUCACAUAUUGCAGAAGAUGUCAAAGUAAAGUAACCACAAUAUUUCAUUGUAAAUGAAAAUACUUUUUUUUUUCUAUUUGAAAUGAGUGAUUUUUUUUUUUACAGUAGGUUCAUUUUGAGCCUCACUUUUAAAUCGAGGAAUUAUCAUGUCUGAUUAAUGCCAUACGUAACGCACACAAAAUCCUCACCUAUUUCUGUAACGUCUUUUUAUUAAAAAUUUUAUAUACCUUUGCAUAUGUAAAGUGUGAGUCUAAAUACAGAUGUUUGUUUUGUUUAUACAAUGUAUGUUCCUUUUGUUUCUAUUUGAAAUUCACAGUAAUCUCUGCAACAUGUCUGCUCUUCUUGUAGUGUUCAUGUUAACAGAAACAUGUCAUGUAUAAGCUUUAGCAGUUUGGGGGAAAGUGGCUGGGAAAUGUUUUUAAUAGUCUUUUACAUGUAAGCACUGAAUGUGUUGCAUUUUGGUCAUAUAGUUUAUCAAUAUACAAGCUAGCAAUAUGUGAAAUGAUGCAGUAUUCAAUUUUCAUGGAAUUGUGUUCUCAGUACUUUUUGUUUGUUUAUUUUUUGAGGGGAUGGAGGAACACUUGCCCCUAUUUUAAAGAUCCUGGUUGGAAUGCCUUACAGGAUAUGUUGAUGGCCAGUAAGGCAUGCCUUGCUUGUACUUUUCUUUAUUACUUUGUUCUUUAAAUCCUGUUUGUCGUUUCAGUUCAGAAUAUUACAUCCUGAAUUUGACCUGUGAUGUUUAACCAUGGAUUAAUUUUUUUUUUUUUUAACAGAAAUACAAUAAAAUGAGUAUAUGAUGA